CGACAUUUGAAUGGUGGUGCAAAUGACAUUGGUGUUCCCUUUGCUCAGCUAGUUGUUAGUGUCUUCGGGUCGUCAUUUUGUGAUAUACUAUCAUGUUCUUGUUGCUAAUUCAGAAUAAAAUGAGUACCAUAUUGUUCAUUUUUUUCGUAAUUAAUAGUCAGGUGAUCACAGUCUCAGAUUUCUUAUGUUUACAUGGGGUGCAAAUAGCCAUGGUCAGCUGGGCACAGGAAAUGAUAAAGAUGUUUAUGAGCCGCGUAUAAUAAACUUCAGUGAUCCUGUUACCUUAGUCGCUGGCGGUGGUGGUCACUCUCUGAUUGUUAAUGAUAAUAUGAUAAUGACUUCUGGAUUGAGUCCCUCUGAUCAGAUGGGUCGUUCAGAUAACUGUUAUUUCUUCAAACCCACCUCGUUUUCCUUUAGACGAACUGUAAAGCUAUUGACAUGCGGCUGGGAUUUUUCCGUUGCAGUACUUGACGACGGGUCCGUUUUCACUUGGGGUUCAAAUGCAUAUGGACAGCUAAGUAGAGAGGGCAUCAAAUCAAGCACAGCUCCUAUUCGUGUUGACAUAGAACCUGUUCGGUCAAUAUCUGCUGGUUUGAGGCACGUUAUUUGUGUCACAGUCUCUGGAAAGGUGAUGGGUUGGGGUUCCAAUCGUCGUAAACAAUUAUUCCCUGACAAAACGUUAGUUAAAACAGACCAACACAUUGGUUCUUCGGAGAUAUACUACCAUCCCAUUCAGCUCAACUCUGUCUUAGGAGAUGAAAAUGAUUUCGUUGACUGUGCUGCUGGUGCAUAUCAUUCUAUGGUAAAAACUAAAACAAACUGCUUGGCUCUAUGGGGGGAUACUCGUUUUUUCCAGUUGAGAUCAAGAGCACGAAACUAUUCUUCAAACAUUAAAAUGGUAAAUUCAUCCAUUAUAUGGUAUGAUUCUGAAUUAUUUGAUGGCGGUGAAAUAGAGCAAUUGGUUUGUGGGUGGAGUCACGUUCUUGCUAGAACUAGUGUUGGAGAUGUUUAUUCGUGGGGUCGAUCAGAUUUUGGACAGCUUGGACGUCUUGCUGAAGUACCAAAAGUAGACGAAGGUUCUGCUAGUGAAAUAUUCCCAAGUUUUGAUGGAAACCCUGUAAAAAUAUAUUUUGAUUCAAAAAAUGAUCACAGAGUGAUUAUAAAAAAUAUAGCCUGCGGCUCAGAACAUUCACUAGCUGUUGAUUCAAAUGGAAAAUUAUGGGUUUGGGGUUGGGACGAACAUGGUAUGUGUGGUGUUGGAGAAAAUUCCAGUCAAGUUGAAAAACAUAAAACCCAACACACUGGUGUUCCUUUUAUUUCUCAGCCAUACCUUUUAAAGCUGGAAAGUUUUGGUCGAGAUUAUAAAGUGAAACAUAUUGCCUGUGGAUACGGACAUUCGAUGGCUUAUAUGGAAUCGACAUAGAAUAUGCUUUCCUAUUUUUGUAUAUUUCUGUUCACAGAACAUCAUAGUAUAUUUUGUAUUGUUAGCCGUGUUUACAUCACACCGAUCAAAAUCUACAUUUACUGUGUAAAUAUACCAGAUCGAAAGACAUCUCUGUUUGACUUUUCCUCUAAUCUUUUGUGUUCAGUGUAGUAGAUUCUUUAAUUAAAGAGUGUGAUCUGAUUUAGUAUUCCAG